GGAAAACGCAGCAGAGUGAGACUUCUUUCCGUUGUUCUCCUCUCCGACCGGCUGUUGACACGUCAUCAGACUCCCCGUCACCACCAACAACAUCCAACAUGGCGGCGUCCGUCCGGGAGAAGCAGACAGUGGCUCUGAAGCGGAUGCUGAACUUCAACGCUCCUCCGCUGAAGAACACGGCAACUGAGCCCGUAUGGAAGGUGUUGAUAUACGACCGGUUUGGCCAGGACAUCAUCUCCCCUCUGCUGUCCGUCAAAGAGCUCAGGGACAUGGGCAUCACGCUGCACCUUUUGCUUCACUCAGACAGAGAUCCAAUUCCAGAUGUUCCAGCCAUCUACUUCGUCAUGCCCACAGAGGAGAACAUCGACAGGAUAUGCCAGGACCUGAGGAACCAGCUGCACGAGUCCUACUUCCUGAACUUCAUUUCUGCCAUCAGCAGAAGUAAACUGGAGGACGUCGCCAGCGCCGCUCUGGCCGCCAACGCUGUGGCCCAAGUUACCAAGGUGUAUGAUCAGUACCUGAACUUCAUCACUCUGGAAGACGACAUGUUCACCCUCUGCCAUCAGAACAAGGAGCUCAUCUCCUACCAUGCCAUCAACCGAGCAGACAUCCAGGACACGGACAUGGAGGCCAUCAUGGACACCAUCGUGGACAGUCUCUUCUGCUUCUUCGUCACUCUGGGCGCCGUGCCGAUCAUUCGCUGUCCCCGUGGCAACGCAGCAGAGAUGGUUGCCGUGAAGUUGGACAAGAAGCUCCGUGAGAACCUGCGGGACGCCAGAAACAGCCUCUUCACCGGAGACAACAUGGCCGCCGGACAGUUCAGUUUCCAGAGGCCUCUGUUCGUCCUGGCCGAUCGUAACGUGGACAUGGCCACGCCCCUCCACCACACCUGGACCUAUCAGGCGCUGAUCCACGACGUCCUGGACUACCAGCUGAACAGGGUGGUGAUGGAGGAGGGGCUGGGGGCGGAGCCAUCUCCCGCCGGUGCCAGACCAAAGAAGAAGAACAGAAAGGCCUACGACCUGACCGCCGCCGACAGAUUCUGGCAGAAGCACAAGGGCAGUCCCUUCCCGGAGGUGGCGGAGUCGGUGCAGGAGGAGCUGGACACCUACAGAGCCCAGGAGGACGAGGUCAAACGCCUCAAGUGCAUCAUGGGUUUGGAGGGAGAAGACGAAGGAGCCAUCAGCAUGCUGUCAGACAACACAGCCAAGCUCACCUCCGCCAUGAGCUCUCUGCCUGAGCUGCUGGAGAAGAAGCGGCUGAUCGACCUGCACACCAACGUCGCCACGGCCGUCAAUGGACCACAUCAAGGUACCAGCUGCCAGCCAAUGACACG